AUGAUAAACUGCCAUGGCAGAGGAAAAUCAGGACCUGGUGUAACAUUGUCCUUGACAUUUCCCAUCUUUCCAUUUGAAUGGGAUUUCCCAAAUCCAUUUGGCAUCAUCUUCUCAGUGGCUGUUUCUGGUGUGCUGGCAAAAACUAUCACAGUGAUUCUGGCUUUCAUGGCCACCAAGCCAGGAUCCAGGAUGAGGAAAUGGGUGGGGAAGAGGCUAGCCAACUCCAUUGUUAUUUCCUGCUCCUUUAUUCAAGCAACCAUUUGUCUUAUGUGGUUGGCAUUUUCUCCCCCAUUCCCAGAUGUCGAUAAGCACUCAACUUAUGGAGAAAUUGUUCUAGAAUGCAAUGAGGGUUCUGUAACUAUGUUUUCCUGUGUCCUGGGUUACAUGGGCUUUCUGGCUAUUGCCAGUUUCACUGUGGCUUUCCUUGCCAGGAAGUUGCCUGACAGUUUCAAUGAAGCCAAAUUCAUCACUUUCAGCAUGUUGGUCUUUUGCAGUGUUUGGUUAUCCUUUAUUCCAUCCUACCUGAGCACGAAGGGGAAGUACAUGGUAGCUGUGGAGAUCUUUUCUAUCUUAGCCUCCAGUGCUGGGGUGCUGGGUUGCAUCUUUUCUCCUAAAUGUUACAUCAUUGUUUUAAGGCCUGAACUGAAUGAUAAGGAACAGAUUAUAAGACGAAAGUCUGUAUAA